UUCAGCGGAACCCUCCAAUUGGCUCAAAAAAGAGGCACUGAAAUCAACAGGCGUCGAUGGGGUGAAUACUUUGGUCUCUGGUUUGGAAGUUGCGGAACCCAUCUUUAGUGACUAUGGAGGUAAUUGAAUAAAUCUCCAAACUAAUCAUAGGCUCUGAGAUUGGGUCGUGCGCCGCGACCCCAACAUGGAAUCAAAAUUUUACCACCGAAAAUGAAGUUGAUCAUUGGCCCCCACAUUACCGAACAUGCCUCCAGUCCAACAGGUUCAAUACGCUCACCACCAACCGUCCAACUUUGACAAAUUCAAGAUGGGUCUCAUGAUGGGUUCCACCGUCGGAGUCUGUGUUGGUGUGUUAUUCGGUGGUUUCUCGAUUUUGCAAAACGGUGCUGGUCCUAACGGUGUCAUGAGAACCUUGGGUCAGUACAUCAUGGGUUCUGUUGGAACUUUCGGUUUGUUCAUGUCUAUUGGUUCUGUCAUUAGAUCUGACCCAUCUUUCCAAGCAUACCAAAGAUCCAUGUUGGAAUCACAAAGAGCAACCAUCCGGGCCGUCUACAGAAACAACUAAGUUUCAGGCUUCAGUUGUUUGAAAUCCAACCCCCCG